AACAAUAAUAAGUUUACCUUAUCCAAAAACGUGCCUCCAUCAAAUUCCUUAUAAUAGCCCAACCCCAUCCCCUCCAAUCUUCAAGGAGAGAAAAAACUCCAAUCCGAUCAAAGAUCCAUGUCUUCUCAUAAAAUUUCAUCAUCUUGUCUUCUCUUUAUUGUUUCUCUGCUCCUACUUAUCUCAAUAGCCCUUUCUCACUAUGAUGAAUCAGAGGAAUUAAAAACAUUUAUAAUCCAUACCUCAAAAUCAUCAAAACCAAAUCACUUCAGUACACACCAUGAUUGGUACUCAUCAACACUACAAUCAUUACCCCAAUCAUCACAAAACCAAAAACAACACAAGAUUCUAUACACUUACACUCACUCAAUCAAUGGGUUCUCAGCUAGACUCACACCAUCACAAGCAUCACAUCUAGUGAAUCUCCCUGGGGUGAUUUCAGUUCUUCCUGAGAGAGUUCAUCAGCUGCACACAACUCAUACACCAAGGUUUCUGGGUUUGGCUGAUAACUUUGGGUUAUGGCCUGAUUCUGAGUAUGCAGAUGAUGUUAUUGUCGGGGUGCUUGAUACCGGAAUCUGGCCGGAGAGACAGAGUUUUAACGAUACAGGGUUGACUCCGUUGCCGGAGAAGUGGAAGGGGAAAUGUGAAACUGGACCUGAUUUCCCUGUUGGUUCGUGUAAUAAGAAGAUUAUUGGUGCCAGAGCGUUUUACCGGGGGUACGGGGAGGUUGCGGAGGGUGAUAAUGGCGGCGAAUCGAGGUCGCCGAGAGAUACUGAAGGGCAUGGGACGCAUACUGCAUCGACUGCAGCUGGAUCUGUUGUUCAGAAUGCCGGAUUGUUUGAGUAUGCGAUUGGCGAAGCGAAAGGGAUGGCAAUUCGGGCGAGGAUUGCUGUUUAUAAGAUUUGUUGGAGUUCUGGUUGUUACGAUUCUGAUAUUCUUGCUGCAAUGGAUCAAGCUGUUGCUGAUGGGGUUGAUGUGAUUUCAUUGUCUGUUGGUGCUAAUGGUUACGCGCCUCGGUAUGACCAGGAUUCAAUUGCAAUCGGAGCAUUUGGUGCAAUGGAACAUGGUGUUUUGGUGUCAUGUUCUGCUGGUAAUUCAGGACCUGGUCCAUAUACUGCUGUGAAUAUUGCGCCUUGGAUUUUAACAGUGGGCGCGUCCACAAUUGAUAGAGAAUUUCCUGCUGAUGUGAUUUUGGGAGAUGGGAGGGUUUUCGGCGGUGUUUCAUUGUAUUCUGGUAAGCCAUUAGAGAAUGAUGAUAAUGAAUUGGUUUACUCCGGUGAUUGUGGUAGCAGAUUUUGUUAUGAAGGGCAAUUGGAUCCGACGAAAGUUCAAGGGAAAAUUGUUGUCUGCGACCGCGGUGGGAAUGCUAGAGUUGCGAAAGGAAAUGCGGUGAGAAUUGCUGGUGGAAUCGGUAUGAUUCUAGCGAAUACUGCAGAAAGUGGUGAAGAAUUGAUUGCCGAUGCGCAUCUAUGUCCUGCAACUGAAGUGGGUGAAGCUGCAGCUGAUAAAAUCCGAGAGUAUGUCAAAUCGAGUAAGUCUCCAACUGCUACAAUUAAGUUCGGAGGAACUGUGAUUGGAUCUUCACCUUCAGCUCCUAGAGUUGCUGCUUUUUCAAGCCGUGGACCGAACCAUUUGACGCCGGAGAUUCUCAAGCCUGAUGUUAUUGCUCCUGGAGUGAAUAUCUUAGCUGCUUGGACUGGUGCUAUUGGUCCAACUGAUUUAGAAAUUGAUCCAAGACGAGUCGCGUUCAAUAUCAUUUCAGGUACUUCUAUGUCGUGCCCACAUGUGAGUGGAUUGGCUGCAUUGCUUCGAAAGUCUUUUCCUAAAUGGAGUCCAGCUGCAAUCAAGUCUGCACUCAUGACUACAGCUUACAAUCUGGAUAAUUCAGGAAAAAACAUUACUGAUCUUGCUACUGGGGGUGAUUCAACACCAUUUGUUCGUGGUGCUGGGCAUGUUGAUCCAAAUAGAGCACUAAAUCCAGGUUUGGUUUACGAAAUUGAAGCUAAAGAUUACGUUGCAUUCCUCUGCGCAAGCGGAUACAGUUCUAAACGGAUAGCAGUCUUUGUCAAGGAGAAAGUUGAUUGCGAGGCAUACAGCUUGGCUAGUCCUGGUGAUUUGAAUUACCCAUCAUUCUCUGUACUUUUUGGAAACGAUACGGUUACAUACAAGAGAGUGGUUAAGAAUGUCGGAAGCUCAGCUAAUGCUGUUUAUGAGGCAAGGGUUUAUGGCCCAUCAUCUAUUAAAAUCAGUGUUUCGCCGAGUAAGCUUGUGUUUAGUGAAGCUGCACAGAGCUUAUCUUAUGAGAUUACUUUCUCUAGCUUGAUGAAUGAAGUGGUGGGUUCGAUUAAAGCGGAGUUUGGGGCAAUUGAAUGGAGCGAUGAAACACACAUAGUACGGAGCCCAAUCGCAUUUAGAUGGGGUAUUCACUCAACUAGUAUGAUUUCUUCUGUUUAAUGAUUUUGCACAGUUUUUUACUUGUUUGUCUGUUAAUAAUGGUUAUUGGGUCGCAUUGUGUUAGGAUAGGGGAUUAUUCUGCUUGAUUGAGUGACCUCAAAUUUGUAUAAUCUUCAUAACAAGUUGAUUGGAUUGGUUCAUAAACACAAAAUGAUUAGGCCAAUAAGUACAGUUGUUUGAAUUUUGUCUGUUUAUAGCAAAAUUACUUCUAGAUUCACCGCUUA